GAGACUCACGCGGUGAGGUGAGACGCGCGCACAACUUGCGGACUUUUCUCAUUCGAUAUUACAUAUUGUGUAUACGCGGAGAGGAUAGCGAGUUUCGCAAUUUCAAAGUUAGUUUCCCUACGAUCGAUCUCCGCACAACCGCGUCGACGUACAUCGAUAUUAAUAAAUAUAUAUAUAAACCGUGUAAAUACGUGCGGUUGCACGUCUCCAGGUUGGCCCGACUCUCCGAUAAGCGAGACGUCGCGUGACCCUUAUCUCGAGUUGUAACAUGGGCAAAUAUAGUAACAGGUAAACGCGGUUUGUGAUCGGAGUGAAAAAAAUUUCUUCCUCGACUUCAUCUUACCGCUUUCGGGUGUGAGAACGAGGAAACGAGAUCAUGUAAAUAUUCCGAUACCGCGCGUACACCGGUAGACGUUCACCUGGAUUACCUGGAGUCCGAACCGUUUCGGAAUCGAACUCCGGUCCCUCUUCCCGUCUCGGUGCAAAUUUUUAUCGCAAUCGGUGCCCGAUGCAUAUAAUAAUCCAUUGGACGAGCUUCGCGAAUACAUGUUUACCAAGAUUCAUGGAAUGAAGAUUGUGCGACCACACGUCGGGUAACUUGUGCAAUUGUCUGUGCAAACGAAAAAAAAAAACUUCCACCGUUGUUCCUGCCCCUGCCGAUUUUUACGCAACAACGUACGGACACCGAGUGUAGGACGAUAUUCGUUUUGCGAGGUGUGGUGCGUUUUUUACCGUAGUGCGACUGUGCGACUUGGAAAAACGAGUCGGACAAAUUUUUGGGAAGGGUUUCGAAACGUUCGUUGUGCAGUGAACGAAUCACGGACAGGUGUUGUACGAUCAGCUGAAACGGUGCACGUGUCACGGAUUUAAAUCAUACGGAAAUAAUCAGUGCGAUCGAUUGUGCGUUUCAACGGCGGAACGAAUGAAUCUGUGGAAAAAAAAUUAAUCUUGAACAAGUUUGACGAAUUGUCGACCAACCACCACCCCUCCCGGAUAACGAUUUUGGAAUCGCGCGUACGUCUGGAAUAAAUUCGCAGGACCCUGAUUCCAAAGUGAAUAUCGGACCCGGCAUGUGCCAUACUUGGUGAAUCGGGCGCGAUGGGAACCGCACCACCGUACCGCAACCCUCUCGACUACCUCGUCGCUUUGUCAAGAGCCUCGCUUUCCGGUGGGUCGAACGAGGCGCGUUCAAUCGAGUUCGCCUCGGCGAAGACAGCGAUUUCGUCGUGGAGGGCAUGAGCUCUCACCAUGUCCAGCCUGCACCGCAUCGAGGUACAAUCGUCGUCGACGUACCGUCGCCCCCUCGGCGCAGCGCUGCUCGUUCUAGCGACGAUUGUACUACUCUGCCGAUGCACCUCGGCGGAGUUGAAAUCGGAAUUCGUCGAUGGGAAAAUCUGCAUCGGUACGAAUGGACGGCUCUCGGUGCCCUCGAACAAGGACCACCAUUACCGUAAUCUGCGGGAUCGUUACACGAACUGUACGUACGUGGACGGUAAUCUGGAGAUCACCUGGCUCCCGGAUAUCCAGCUCGACCUCAGUUUUCUCCAAUACAUUCGCGAGGUCACCGGUUACGUACUCAUCAGUCACGUAGACGUUCAAAGAGUCGUUCUACCCCAGCUGCAGAUUAUACGCGGCAGAACCCUCUUCAAACUCAACAUACACGAUGUCGAGUUCGCCUUCUUCGUCACAAUGUGUCGAAUGAACAGCCUCGAGCUACCGGCACUGCGAGAUAUUUUAAACGGCAGCGUUGGAAUGUACGAUAAUUACAAUCUGUGUCACAUGAAGACCAUUAACUGGGAUGAGAUAAUAACGGGGAACCGGGCGAAGUAUGUUUACGUUUACAAUUUCUCCGCGCCGGAGAGGAUCUGCCCCGAGUGCGACAAGAGUUGCGAGCAAGGAUGCUGGGGCGAGGGUCCCGAAAAUUGUCAAAAAUUUUCGAAAACCAAUUGUUCGCCCCAGUGCUGGCAGGGACGUUGUUACGGUCGAAAUCCUAGAGAAUGCUGUCAUCUGUUCUGCGCUGCUGGCUGCACGGGCCCUAAACAAAGCGAUUGUCUGGCGUGCAAAAACUUUUUCGACGACGGUGUUUGCACCCAGGAAUGUCCACCGAUGCAAAAGUACAAUCCAACGAGUUAUUCGUGGGAGACGAAUCCUGACGGAAAAUACGCUUACGGUGCGACCUGCGUUCGCCAGUGUCCCACGCAUCUUUUGAAAGAUAAUGGGGCCUGCGUUCGCUCGUGUCCGCCGAAAAAAAAGGCCGCCAACGGCGAGUGCGUGCCCUGCGACGGACCUUGUCCAAAGACUUGCCGAGGGGUUGACAAAGUGCACUCGGGAAAUAUCGACAGUUUCAAGGAUUGCACGAUAAUCGAGGGUUCGAUAACGAUAUUGGAUCAGAGCUUUAUGGGGUACCAGCACAUUUACACGAACUUUACGUUCGGUCCGAGGUAUCAGGAGUUGCACCCCGACAGGCUCGAGGUUUUCAGUACCUUGAAGGAAGUCACGGGAUACGUCAAUAUCCAGGGAUAUCACAAGGACUUUACGAAUCUGUCCUAUUUUCGAAAUCUCGAAGUAAUCGGCGGCAGGACCCUCACGGACUACUUCGCCUCGCUUUAUAUCGUGAAAACGGCGCUGGUUUCUCUCGGAUUGAAUUCACUGAAGAGGAUCAAUUCGGGCGCGGUAGUUAUCCUGGAAAACAAAGAUCUCUGUUACGCUCAGAGCAUCAAUUGGACAAGAUUGAAACUUUCUACCGAACACGAGAGUCUGCUCAGCAAUAACAAGAACGAGUCAGCCUGCGCGCUCGAAGGUCUGGUGUGCGACGAACAAUGCUCGGACGAAGGAUGCUGGGGACCGGGACCGGACCAGUGUCUGUCGUGCAGAAAUUUCCUUUUGGAAAAUAUUUGCCUGCAGAAUUGUACCGCGGUACCAGGAAUUUACGAAGCUGACGAACGUCAGUGCAAACCUUGCCACGAACAGUGCGACGGUACUUGUUCCGGACCCAAUGCCGAGCACUGCAAUUCAUGUAAACACGUGCGCGACGGACCAUUCUGCGUUCCCGAGUGUCCUUCCUCAAAGUACCAAGUUUACGGAACUUGCAAACACUGUCAUAAAAAUUGCGUAGGCGGUUGCGACGGUCCGGAAAAUAACAUCGGACCGAACGGAUGUCACAGCUGCGAGAAAGCGAUCAUGAACGGCGACACGCCGGAAAGUUGUCUCCACAAAGGAGAACCCUGCCCCGAAGGUUACUACUGGGAGUGGAUCGGACCUCAGGAAAGAGGCGCUCUCAGAGCACUCGCCGGCAAAGCGGUGUGCCGCAAGUGUCACCCCCGUUGUCGAAGGUGUACGGGAUUCGGUUUUCACGAACAGGUUUGCCAGGAGUGCAACAAAUACAAACGUGGCGAACAGUGCGAGGACGAAUGUCCGGCCGAUCAUUUCGCCGAUUCGGAAACUAGAAUAUGCGUACCUUGCAUGCCGGAGUGCAGAGGUUGUUACGGUCCCGGUGUCGAUCAAUGUCACAAGUGUAGAAACUACAAGGUCUACAUCGACGGUACCGCUACGGACAAUACAACGUUAUUCAACUGCACGGACACCUGCCCUCAAGAAUUUCAGUACAAAGUGUUCCCGCUGGACAGCGAUCCCUUCUGUUCGGAGGAAUCGUACGGCCUGAGUUACACCCGAGAUACGGAAAGGACGCCGGCAAUCCUCGCUGGGGUUGGGGUCUGCGUUGUGAUCGUCGUGGUGUUUCUGGCGGCGGUUAUGUGCCUGUGGAGACAGAGGGCAAAGGCGAAAGAGAACACUGUAAAAAUGACCAUGGCUUUAACCGGUCUCGACGACAAUGAGCCGCUAAGACCUACGGGGGUAAAACCGAACCUCGCCAAACUCCGCAUAAUCAAGGAGGAAGAAAUGAGGAAGGGCGGUAUUCUUGGUUACGGGGCGUUCGGCAACGUUUACAAGGGUGUUUGGGUACCCGAAGGUGAAAACGUCAAGAUACCGGUGGCCAUAAAGGUACUUCACGACGGUACCGGUGCGAACACUUCGAAGGAGUUCCUUGACGAGGCCUACAUAAUGGCCAGCGUCGAACACCCGAACUUACUCCAGUUACUGGCUGUCUGCAUGACUUCCCAAAUGAUGCUCGUCACUCAGUUAAUGCCGCUCGGUUGUCUUUUGGACUUCGUGAGAAAGUACAGGGAUAAAAUCGGUUCGAAGCCUUUACUGAACUGGUGUACCCAAAUCGGCAGGGGUAUGGCCUAUCUCGAAGAGAGGAGACUGGUGCACAGGGAUCUCGCGGCGAGAAACGUGCUCGUCCAGACGCCGAAUUGUGUGAAAAUAACGGACUUCGGACUAGCCAAGUUACUCGACAUAAACGAGGAACAGUACAAAGCAGCCGGUGGCAAAAUGCCGAUAAAAUGGCUCGCCCUGGAGUGCAUCCAGCAUCGCGUUUUCACCCACAAAUCCGACGUGUGGGCGUUCGGGGUGACCAUAUGGGAAAUUCUCACCUACGGCGGAAGACCGUACGAGAACGUACCGGCGAGGAAUGUUCCCGAAUUGUUGGAGAAAGGAGAGAGGCUGCCGCAGCCAGCGAUAUGCACCAUCGACGUCUACAUGAUCAUGAUAAAGUGCUGGAUGCUCGACGCCGAGUCGAGACCGAGCUUCAAAGAACUAGCCGAAGAAUUUGCGAAAAUGUCCAGAGAUCCCGGACGUUAUCUGGCGAUAAAGGGAGACAAAUACAUGAGGCUACCGUCCUACACACUCCAGGACGAGAAGGACAUGAUCCGAAAUCUGGCGUCGGCAAUGGACGGACCGGAAGCCGUUGUGGACGCGGACGAGUAUCUCCAGCCAAAAUCCAGGGCACCGAUACCGCCGAUAUUCGCUACUUCGAGUACGUCCGGUUCGCCACCCGCUACACCGAUAAAAAGUUGCUGGCCUAACGGUACGCCGAUGGCGGCCGACUCGCCGACGCCCCAAAACCAACAGAACUGGGAUCGGGAGCUUUUGCGGUACUGCGUAGGUCACGGUAACGGGGGUACGUCGCGGGAUCCUACGGGAGGAAAUCAGACGCAACAUCCUCACUACGCCCAGGCGAACGGCAACUGCAGCCAGGUCACGGGGUCCGACGGUUCCAGUUCCAGAUACUGUUCGGAUCCUUUGAAGAUGGUCGGAGUCAGAGACUGCGAUGUGACGGACGAUUGCUUCGAACAAGAAGUCGGUGCCGGACACCAACAAGCUCAAGUUGGAAAUCUGAAGUUGGACCUUCCCCUGGACGAGGACGAUUAUUUGAUGCCCUCGCCCCAGAUGCCCGCUAAUACCAUACAAUACAUGGAUCUGAUCGGUGACUCUAAAACGACGGAGCCGGAUACGAAGCGCGUUAACAACGGAUACCGAAAGUAUCCGGAGUUUCUCACCAUACCGGGUAAAACGUCGGUGGAUAAUCCGGAGUACAUAAUGUCACAGGACGACGGAAUCAUGACACCGCAGACGUUGGGUAUCCCCGCGUCUACCGACUCAGUUAAAGCAGCGCCCGUUAACGGUGCAGGAUUUGGAUCUCAGGUAAGGCAAAAAAGUUCCGAAGAGGAAUCGGAUCACGAGUAUUACAACGACUUCGAUAGACUCGAGCGGGAACUUCAGCCGCUGAAACCGCUUAGGAAAAAUGAAACGACGGUAUGAUGGACGCAUAUCAACGAUUCGACGGGAUCGUCUCACCCGUAGACAUAGCAAUAAAGUCUGACGAAAGUUCGGAUAUUUUUUUAAAUAAAUUCCAUGCUUGUACGCAUACGUGAAACACGCACAAGGAUCGUGCAGAUCCGAGACACCUUGGAAACCGGGUGCGGUUGCAUCUGUCGGAGAACUUUUGGUGCACGGAACGACGAGGUAAACGAGAAAUCGAACCGUGAAUAAUUAAAAUGCCCUGUGUACUUACAAGACGACGACGACGACGACGACGACGACGACGACACGAUGCUGAACGAGCGCGACGUUCUUCGAUCCCGAAGGGGUUGAAAUCGCAAGGUAAACAAAUAUUACCAAUGAACAAAAAUCUAUAUACCUAUACCUGUGUGUAUACAAUUAUAUAAUAUAUGUAUAGUACGUUAUUGUUGACGAGGCGUUUAUAUGGGAGGGCCGCAGAUAAUAAGUCGAGAUGAACUCCUGAUGCGACCCCGAUAAAAAAUCUUUUUUCAAUACAACGGAAUUUCAGUGCAAAACUAUUCUUAAAAAAUAAUGUGCCAUCCGUCGCCGGUGGUUUGUAAAUAAAAUGUGACGUAGGGACGCGUAUACGUAAUCUAUCCGUGUCUCUAUAUUCGCAUACGCACAUUCGGAGAUACGAAUUUAGCUUAAGUAACAUUGUACAUGCGUCUGUGUUUUGUAGGGACAUACAAAUGUAGUAUAUACAAUUAUAAAUAGGCUUACAAUUAGAGUAAAUAGAUAGAUACCUACCAUAUGUAUAGACGUACAUAUUAUUAGUAUGAAUCGGUAAUUUUUUUAAUUAAUUUCAUAAUCCAUAGCUCUAUCCCGUUAUCGAAGAUUAUCAUAUAUGCGUAUACGAUGUCGGUAAUGGAAAAAAAAAAAAACACGCGACGGGAACAAUUUUCACGCGUUUUUUGCCAUCGUGCGUAGGGUGUCCAACGAAGCGAGGGUCGACUACCACAUUUUCUAAUCAUAUUUUUUAUCCAAUUUUUUUUCUUUUCAUUCGUAGCAUACUUACGACGAACAAAUCGUGCGUAAAAUUUUAUUCAAAAAAAAAAAAAUCAUGUCACUCGAGUUAUUGCCGGUACAUACAUAAUUCAAUUUCCACAAAGUUCGCGUACAGAUGGGCAUAUAUUGGGGGGGACGAAUGAAAUCAGCGGGUUAAAAUCGUUCCCACCGACCAUUUCGAGGGAAACGAGGACCAAGACUAAGAGAAGACGAUUUUGUACGAAUGAACAAUUGGACAAAGAAUUUUCGCGUUACUCGAAAGCGACGAGAGGACGGCCGCAAUUCUGGUAAUACGCUCGAUCGAUGGCAAAGUUUGAUAGCGUCCGUACUAAAAAUAUAUUGCCAACCCCUCAUUCGGUUUUUACGCCCCUGUACGGAAUAUCGUGCGGCCCGCCGCUGACUGUGAUAAGAGAGAUAUAUAUUAUAUACGUGUAUACAUCUAUAUACAUAUUUUUUAAGGACGCCUAUGAUAACACGAAGUGCGUAUUUUUUUUUUUUUUUUUAUUUCCGAAUUUUGCAGUAUAGAUAUCUAUUUGUACUUUUUUUUCUAAAAAUCGAUAUAUUGCAAAAAUAUCGCGGAUAUACACAGGUGAAAUUGAACGAACGUUUUAUCCGUUUGAAUCGAAAUUUGUGCAGGUGAAUUUUACCGUUAGGAAAAAAAGAAAAUUCGUCGGACUACCGCAUGUGUCUUUGCGGUAACUCGGACCGAGCUGGAAUCGAAUCAGAAAUUCAGUGUAGAUAUACGAAUAUAUACCUAUUUUUUCGUUCUUUUAAUCAUUCAGACAGUCGCACCGUUUUUACACUACAGCGGACCAAUAAAAUUGGCCGAGAACCGAAUUAAUAGAAAAAUUGAAAUUUUUCAAGCAAUUGUAAAUAAAUAAUUUAGAGUUAAGAGAAAACGUGAACUCCAGAGAGAAUGAAGAGAAAAGUACUUCGACCAAUUGUCUUUGUCGCAAUUAUUGCGUCGCACACAAUGUAGUUUAAGGAUAGGAUUGUGCCAUUUUGUACAGGAAAAAAAUAAAAAUUUAUAUCCACAACAGAAUAUUAUUUCCACAUCGACGUAGGUAAUGACGAGAACGUUUAAAAACGCUGCAGCAUCAUAUUAUUUUAUUAAUAACGAAUAGCUGUCCGAAUUUUAUAUAAAAUAACGGCGAAAAUAUUGAGUAAAAUUUAUUCACCGAAUGUUUUAUUCUAUUUUCUGUUAUACCUGAUUUUUCAUUUUAUACCACUGUUUGUUGUCUUUUUUUUGAACCUCGGUACAAGAGAAUUCUCGAGGAGUGUUCAAGUUUACUUUGGUGAAUGAUGGUUUUCUGAAUAUUUUCGCAAUUAUUUCACACCAGAAUGUAAUAACGCUAUGUAAAUUGAUUAUAAAAAAUUGUUGAAUAAUUGUACAAAUUAUAAUUGUCAUUUAUAAAAAUAACGAGAUAAAGAUUUCUGCAGCUUUUUAGAUACAUGAUAAAUCAUAGCUGGUAUACGUGAUUAAAAAUUGUACAAAUCAUCAUAAGUUAUAGACGAACUCAAAAUCUGAAAAUCCUAUUUCUGAUACUUGGUUGUGGAAAUUUUUAUAGAUUUUUACCAUAUCAUUUAUAUAUAUGUUGUUACAUAUUAUUGUAAUAAAGUUCCGCAAACCUUAUUAAAUUAA